UCGCAUAUGUUAAAGACCAAUACUUUCUUGAUGAUGGAUCUUUCGGCUUUAGGCAGAUCACUUUGCCUCUUCUCUACUCAAUUUGUAUGGAUCUGCUCGCAAAAGCAGCGCCAGCUGACCUCGCAUGCCUUUUCUCCCUCACCUCCCAUUUCGGUUCGACGUCAUCUUUCACUCGGUCCUCAUUUCGCUGCUGUAGAUUUGGGUAUGGUUGGAAUCCCGACGUUCCUGAAUACGCCCAACGGAGCUUUUCACUUGGGAACGGAUUUCAGAGUAGGAGGAAGAAGAAGAAGAAAAACGAGCGAGAGAAUUAUUCACUAGUGGUAAGGGCAAGUCGUAGAGAGUCUCCUUACGAUGUGCUUGGGGUCAGUCCCUCAGCCACAGUUAAUGAACUCAAAAGGGCGUAUAGAAAACUUGCUCUCAAAUAUCAUCCUGAUGUCAAUAAAGAGCCAAACGCUCAAGAGAAGUUUAUGAGGAUUAAACAGGCAUACAACACAUUGGUGAAUGAUGAAUCUCGAAGGAAGUAUGAUGCUGGAGCUCGUGCAUCAAAUUAUUCAUAUUCACCUUUUGGAAACAAAGAUACUCAAGAUGAGGAGUUCUAUGGAUUUGGUGACCUUUUGAGGGAUGUUCAAAUAACAAUAGGUGAUUUCUUUAGGGACCUUCAAGAAGAAUACAGGAAUUGGGAAGAAACGUCUUCUUCACAAGGAAAACCGAAAAGCCUUUGGGAAGAGUUGGCAGAAAUUGGAGAAGAGUUCAUUGAAUUCUUAGAGAAGGAACUUAGCAUCAAUGACAUUGAUAAUGAAGGUGAUAGAAAAAGUGAGGAAGAAGGGGAAAGAGAAUUUGUGAACAAGAGCAAGAGCAGCAGCAUUGAAGAUGAUAUAGAGGAUGUUGAAGCAACCCUUGCUAGAUUAAAAAAGGAACUGGGCUUAUGAUGUUGAAUUUGGUCUCCCUUUUGUUCUCUCUUGUUGUUCCAUUUGGCCAAAUUAUAUAUAUUCUUUGUCAUUGAGUAUAUGACCAUUGAAUUUAGUUCACUAAUUAACAAA